AUGGCGGUGGUGAUGAUGUGGGCCAUACGAUCUUCCCUAGACUACAAUCUUGCUGCCAAGCAAAUUGAGGGCAAUGGCAAAAUUGGACCUGUGGCAUUCAGCCACCCGAAGAUUCUGGCAAGGUUCGAAGAGUACAGAGAGCUUGUCAAAGCCAAAGCCGCAAGAAACGGUAUAGGAAGACGAGACGAGAGGUGCAUAGCUGAUGGGAACGAGCUGUUGAGAUUUUACUGUUCAACUUUCAUGUGUGAUUUGGGACUUAAUGGGAGUUCCAGCAUUUGCAAUCAGCAGUAUUGUAGCAUCUGUGGGAUUAUUAAGUCUGGUUUCUCACCCAAGAUGGACGGAAUCCCCACGCUAUCUACGAGCUGGAGAGCACACGUGGCGAUCCCUGAGGAUGUCGAGGAAGAAUUCAAGUUCAUGAACGUGAAACGGGCCAUGCUGGUCUGCCGGGUCGUGGCUGGUCGGGUCGGAUCGGAAGGGGAAGAAAUAGACAAGGAGGAUGGUGGGUUUGAUUCGGUGAUAGGGAGGGGAGAAGGGAGUGGGGCACAGACCAAGGUGGAUGACGAAGAGCUGUUGGUUUUCAAUCCGAGGGCUGUGCUUCCUUGCUUUGUGAUUGUGUACACUGUUUGAGUGUGAGAGUGCAUGUUUUUACCUUUGCUGCUUGUAACCAAAAACAAGAAAGGGUUACAGCCAAAAUUAACCAAAUGAUGGGGAGUGCUGUGAUGCUAUGAUAGAAUAUGCCUGCUGUGUUAGUUAGGAUAACUUGUGUAUUAGAGAAUGUGAUGUAAAUCUUCUGUUUGGAUCAGAUUAUUAGCUCUUUUUCUCUCUCUUUUUGUAUUUAUAUUUAUAUAAGACAGUUUUGUAUGCUGUUAGAUCUAAUUUCAAGUUUACAGUCUAUUUAUUUUGCCGUUUUGUUAUAA